CGGCUGAAGCCCAGAAACUGACUUGCAGCCGAGGUCCGGACUCAGCAGAGGCCCGCGGCGACUAGUCUGGCCUGCUGCGAGAGCCCAGCUCCUACGCUGGCUGGCUCGUUUUCACCGAGGGGCCAGCCGCUGACACCUUCCUGCUCUCACUGGGACGCUUCUCACUCCUGUGCGCCGCUGUGCACGCUCGUGCCUCUGUCGAGAACGCCUUGCCUCCUCCAUUGCCUUGUGCCCUGAAGAACUCGUCGGAGUCUCUAGCGGCCCCUUCACUUCGGUGAUUCUGUUGGAAUCCUAACCCUAACCCUGUGAAAUACUGUGCCCGGAAUUGCCAAGCACAGCCCCGGUACACCCCCGCGUGCGCCCCAGUUCCGUCCCAUCGGGCUGCUCCUUGUUCAGGAUGCACUGAACACCUUUCCUCAUCCCAAGAGAACAGAAGCUGGAAGCCCACUUACGUCUUCGCAGCUGCAGAGCCCCGGCCCCGGGGCUGUGCCUUUCUGCAGGCCUCGACUCUAAAGGCACACUGAGGUGGCAUCCAUGAGCCUGGGCCCCCAUGGCAGCCGAAGACAAAGACGUGAGCGCUCCCUGGGCCUCCCAGCCAGGGUGGGACGCCAUCCUGGAGGCUGUCCGAGACCAGCUGCCAUCUAUCGACUCAGACUCCUCCUUGUCAGACUGCGGGGAAGAGGAGCCGUUCAUCUUCCAGCGCAGUCAAACCCUCCUGAUUCCGGACCUGUCAGAGGAGCUCGCUGAAGACCCUGCCAGCGGCAACGACUUGGGGACCUGGGUCACUGAGGCUGAAGGGAUUCCUCCUGAGCAGGAUCUGGUGCCUGUGGGAGUGGUCUCCGAGCCUGGGGGCAGACGGACAGCAAGGACAGAGGAUUCGGCCUCUCGGGGAGAAAGGGACCCUUCCCAGCUUGAGGGCUGUGGUGAGGUGGGCUCUUUUCUUAGGGUAUCUGACGAGAUCCCCAGGUGCAUGGUCCCAGCAGGUGACCCCGAGAGUGUGUCCUUCAACACCAAAAGACCCCAGGCUUCUCCCUGGGGACUGCAGGGAGAAGCCACCCUCCCCUACCAGGAGGAAGACCUAAAGACAAAGCCCCUGGGGGCCACUUCUCGAGACCCUGAACGCCUCAGAGCCCUCCGGCGUGAGAGGAGGAGAAUGAUUGAGAAGGACAUCCUCCAGAAGGUGACCUGGGAGGCCAGGGAACCAGCCUGUGGUGACCAAGCUGUGGAAUCGGACCCCAGGCCAGAAGCGCCUCCCAAGGAGCCUCGGGAUGCAGGACCAGUGCUGUCACUCCAGCAACUGGAAGACUGGGAUUUGGAUUACCUCCUUCAGAGUCUGGCAGCGCGAGAAGAGAACCAGGGCAACCGGGCCCUCAGAGCCACGCGGUGGGCAGCUGACCGCAGCCAAGGCGGAGACCGCACUGUGCCCAGUGCCCAGGAUGAGCUUAUGGAACGACUAGCCCUGCUGUGUGCCACACAGUCCAGAGCCGUGGCCUCUGUCCAGAAGGUGCCCACUGACACACCCCAAGAUGCUGAGGAGCAGGAGGCCAGGAGCAGGUGUGCUUCGGUGAAGCCGGACUUCUGGGCUGAGCAGGGCUCGCAGCUGAAGGGCAGGGAGCCCCCCACCAUCUUCAUUGACCUGCGACAGACGGAGCCAUCGGACCACCAGGCCUCGGAAAGCUUCAGCCCCCGCCCCAGCUCCUCUGACAGUGAGGAGGAGGAGGAGGAAGAGGAGCCAGUGGCUCUGGGAGACCAGCAGGGCCCGGGGGAGCAGCCACCUCACGGCUCCCAGCGGAGACGGGACUGCACCGGGAAGAGCCAGCUCCUCCAACAGCUCCGGGCCUUCCGGAAGGGGCUGGCUCAGCCAGGGCUGCCAGCCAGCAGGGGUCCUGGCAGCCAGAAGGACCAAGCCUCUGCAGAUGCUGCAGGACCUGGAAUCUCUGGACUGAGGGGCAGCGUGUGCAGCUCAGACUCUCAGGAGCAAGUCCCAGAGCCCAGAGCCCUCUUGGGUCAGGGACGGCCAGGGCCCCAGCCCCUCCUCUGGGCCAACCGUAGAUACCUCAGGUGAGGGGAUCCGAACAGCAGGGCCCUCCUUGGCCUGGCCCCAGUCCCGUUCUGGAGUGCACGCACUCCACCUCUGUGCACUUAGAGCAGAUGCAAACCCAGAUCUGAACAGAAAGCCCAGCGGCAGCUCGGGAACCAGUGGCCACGAUCUGAGAUUGGAAUCCGACAGCACAAGGGCAGAGGGCUACAGUGCUUCAUCUCUCCCCCAUUUCUGUACUUCUUUAAUAUGCAUCUGUUAUUUCUAUUGCACAAGGUCUUUUUAACAACAAAGUAAA